AUGAAUCACUCAUCUUCUGAUCAGAGCCUCUACCUUGAGAGUGAUGGAGAGGACGAGAGAAAGAACUUGUACGAAGAAGAAGACGAUGGAGCGCUUUCUGAUUAUUCCGAUGCUCACAAUCAAAACCAACAUCAUCAUUCUAAACCUAACUCAUACUCAACGGCAUGGCCAAAGAGUUACAGGCAAUCGAUUGAUCUUUAUGGAAGUCUACCAUCUCCUAGUCCUGGUUUUUUGGGUAAUUCUUCAUUGUCAAGAUUUGGAAGCUCUUUCAUGUCCUUAACAAAAAGACAUACUCCAGAAUCGUUACCUGCUAUUAUUACAAAACCUCUCCUAGAAGAUGAAGAAGCACCAAAGCGUAAACGUAGCUCUCAUUCUUUACUUUCUUCUAAAGCCUCAUCAAGGGUGUGUCAUGAGAUCGCAGUCUCCAACGAUAGCUCAUUCGGACAAGCUGUUCUUAAUGGAGUGAAUGUUCUAUGUGGGGUUGGAAUAUUGUCAACACCAUAUGCUGUGAAGGAAGGAGGAUGGUUGGGACUUCUCAUACUCUUUGCAUUUGGUAUUCUUUGUUUUUACACUGGAUUGCUUUUGCGUUACUGCCUCGAUAGCCACCCCGACCUCCAGACCUAUCCUGAUAUUGGCCAUGCUGCUUUUGGCACCACAGGCCGCAUUCUUGUCUCCGUAAUACUUUAUCUGGAGCUAUAUGCUAUGAGUGUUGAAUACAUAAUUUUGGAAAGUGACAAUCUAUCAUCAUUAUUUCCAAAUGCUGCUUUGAGUAUUGGAGGGUUUCAUUUAGAUGCACCUCAUCUAUUUGCUCUGCUUACCACCAUUGCUGUUCUCCCCACCGUUUGGCUUCGAGAUCUCAGUAUAUUAAGUUACAUUUCAGCUGGAGGGGUGAUUGCAUCAGUUUUAGUGGUUUUGUGCUUGUUCUGGAUUGGUUUGGUUGAUGAAGUCGGAAUUCACAGCAAAGGAACUCCUCUGAACCUAGCAACGUUACCAGUAUCUGUAGGACUCUAUGGCUAUUGUUAUUCAGGGCAUGGUGUUUUCCCAAAUAUUUACACUUCCAUGGCCAAACCCUCUCAGUUCCCUGCGGUUCUCGUGACAUGUUUUGGAAUUUGUACUUUGAUGUAUGCGGGUGUCGCUGUCAUGGGAUAUAGCAUGUUCGGAGAAUCAACAGAAUCACAGUUUACUCUCAACAUGCCUCAAGAUUUGGUUGCAUCUAAGAUUGCUUUGUGGACCACAGUAGUCAGUCCAUUUACCAAAUAUCCUUUUCUAAUGAUUUUUUUCAGCAACUCUUUACUUAUUUCUUUACUACCAUCAAACCAUGGCACGUCACGUUUUUAUGCAAUCGCCAUUAGAAGCGCACUGGCCUUCUCUACUCUGCUUGUUGGUCUUGCUAUUCCCUUUUUCGGCCUUGUCAUGUCAUUGAUUGGAUCAUUCUUGACAAUGCUCAUUACGCUGAUACUACCGCCCGCUUGUUUCUUGAGCAUCUUAAGGACAAAAGUAACCCCUACUCAGGUGGCGAUAUGUAUCGUAAUCAUCACCGUAGGAACAGUAUGUUCAGCCCUUGGCACUUAUUCAGCCCUUGCAAAGAUUAUUGAGAAGUUGAACACCUAG